AUGUAUAUCUUGUCCUAUUUCCUUGCUGCAGGUGCCUUCAUUUGCAAGAUGGUGCCAUUUGUCCAGUCUACUGCUAUUGUGACAGAAAUUCUCACUAUGACCUGCAUUGCUGUGGAAAGACACCAGGGACUUGUGCAUCCUUUUAAAAUGAAGUGGCAAUACACUAACCGAAGGGCUUUCACAAUGCUAGGUGUGGUCUGGCUUGUGGCAGUCAUCAUAGGAUCACCCAUGUGGCAUGUGCAGCAGCUUGAGAUUAAGUAUGACUUCCUGUAUGAAAAAGAACACGUUUGCUGCUUGGAAGAGUGGACCAGCCCCGCGCACCAGAAGAUCUACAGCACCUUCAUCCUCGUCUUCCUCUUCCUCCUGCCUCUCAUGGUGAUGCUGAUCCUGUACAGUAAAAUUGGUUACGAACUUUGGAUAAAGAAGAGAGUGGGGGAUGGUUCUGUGCUUCGAACUAUUCACGGAAAAGAAAUGUCCAAAAUAGCCAGGAAGAAGAAGCGAGCUGUCAUUAUGAUGGUGACAGUGGUGGCUCUCUUUGCUGUGUGCUGGGCACCUUUCCAUGUCUUUCAUAUGAUGAUUGAAUACAGUAAUAUUGAAAAGGAAUAUGAUGAUGUCACAAUCAAGAUGAUUUUUGCUAUAGUGCAAAUAAUUGGAUUUUCCAACUCCAUCUGUAAUCCCAUUGUCUAUGCAUUUAUGAAUGAAAACUUCAAAAAAAAUGUUUUGUCUGCAGUUUGUUAUUGCAUAGUACGAGAAGCCCUGUCUUCAGCACAAAGGCAUGGAAAUUCAGGAAUUACGAUGAUGGAGAAGAAAGCAAAGUUUUCCAGAAGAGAGAACCCAGUAGAGGAGACCAAAGGAGAAGCAUUCAGUGAUGGCAACAUUGAAGUCAAACUGUGUGAACAGCCAGAGGAGAAAAAAAAUCUCAAACUACACUUUGCCCUCUUUACUUCUGAACUUUCUGGGAAUUGUGCUGUAGGCAGUGGGCAUUAAUUGUAACAGCAGAUUGUAAUCUGAAGAAAAAAUUAUUUUGAACAAAGGUGAAAGCCUUUUUUAAUUCUUAAAAUGAUGACAAGAAGGAAACAUCAUUUUUCUGUUCAAAUGAUAUGAAAAUACAGUUUUGAAAAAUUAGUAAACCAUCCUUGUAGAUUAUUAAAGUGGAUUUUUUAAAAUCUGUGCAGAAAUUAAAGUUGUUAUCUAGCAGCUUUUCCCCAGGCAGUCAGUGUAAUGUGACUUUCUAUGUGUUGCUAAAUUGGAUGAGAAAAUACCUUUAAAACUGUAUCUUUUUCCUUGAAUAUUUAAGUUCAUGGUGGAACACUAAAAUGUAAUUUUUAGUGAACUGUUGAAGUUGGAUGAUACAGUCUCUUGAAAAUGAGAUCUAUGCCAUAAUCAUAAAGUCAAAGAUGAGAAGUGGCCUAGUGACAGGUGAAUGAGGCUUACAGGCAGAUAGAUGCCUAUAUUCAGCUUCUUAUAGCCCUGCCAGUCACUGUUUAUGUGAUGACUAGCGAGUCAAUCUUUUCAAACUUCCAUUUUCCUCUCCUUCUCUGAGUCACUGAGAGAACAAAAUGAAACGUGAGCAGUACAGCACUUGGUACUCUAAAGCACCCUCAAGUCCUGAAGCAUUUUCCUGGCUCCUCAGGUUUCAGGCCUCUUCUUUCUGUUCCCUUUUCCUGUCUGAGACUUGCCCCAACCCUGCCCAACUUUCCCCUUAUGCCUCUUUUGUAACUGGUUUCUCUAAACAAAAGAAGAAAGUUUAAGGAGACUUACUGAUUGAUUGAUUGUUAUACAUUUAGACCCAUCUAGCUAUCUCAAAUAUUUAUACUUUUAAGUCUCUUAUUUUCACUAGUGGGAUAAAGACUUUUUCUUGUAAAAAGGGAUUUUUUGUGUAGUUAGGAGAUGAGGGAGUGAACCAACUGCAAGCCUGUGACAUUUUACUGUUCCCAAGGCUGACCCCCAAGAGCUGGGUCAGGAAGAACAACAGAGCUUAUAUUCAAUCCCUCUCUCUUCAAUUUUUCUCUGACUCCCAAAUGUCCUGGCUCCAGAGGCCACCGUCAUGGCACCCUGUCUCUUCCCCUUCAGUAUCUGAGAUUCUCAAAGUCCCGUUACAGCUUCAUGGCCAAAAUGUUUCUGCCUCCAGUUUGUCAGGUCUUAUUUUUCCGGCUAGAUAAUACAAAGAGAAGCUCAAGAACUCUAAGGAUGUUUUACUGGUAAAGCUUUAAGAUUUGGGAACCCAAGAACUCAGGCUGCUGAGACCUUCAAGAUACAGACAUUUAAUUUUAUAUGUGUCAAUGAAGCAUGCAUAAGAAAGACAAAGACGAAACAGUAUGUGGUAUUAGGAAAAAUUUUCAAUACGACACAGGAAAGUUAACAAAGUGAAGAGAGAGGGACUAAUUAUUUGGUUUGUAUUGAAGUGGACUAAUUAUGGGUUAUUUAUGUAAACUCUCUACCUAUUAUGCCUAGUUAUCCUGUAGGAAAACAAUG